UAAGUAUUAAUUGUCACUUUUCUUUUUUACCUAAUAAGGGGGACAGUGGAAACUUCUAGUCACUGCAACUUGUACAAUAUAAAUAAUUGAACAGUAAAGAUUUAAUUUUUGCCAUUGACUUUAAUUGAAUGACUAAAACUACUUGAGUUCCAACAGGUUUGUUGUGUUUUGUUUCUUGUUUUUUUUUUUUCUUCUUUCUUAAUGGACAGUGACCAGGGUUCACAAAGAAAUAAGGCAGAAGUGUAGUUGUUAUAUUAAGUAAUAAAAAUAGAUUCAUGCCCUUGAACAUGAAAUUCUUUGGAGUAAAAGUUGGCAGGUGUCCCAGUCUGUAUCGGAAGAGAGAGACUGGGCAGGAAAAAACAAACACAAUCCAAGGAGCAACAAUGAAGGGGAAAAGUGUACAAUAGGAAAUUGUUAAUUAAGAUGAUUGCCUGCCAUAAAAAAUCCAAUAACUUAGUGUAUUUGAUUUGCCAGCAGGUUGAAAGUAUGGUUAUAUGGCGUGCUCAGGGACAAAAUAGAUCAAAUAACACACUGAUUUUUGGGUUCAAAACCCCAUUUUUUGUGGCUGAUUACCUGUUUUGCUGUUUUCAGUGUAUACACAGUUCUUCUGGCUGGAAGUGUUGGUUCCUGAGAUAAAGUGUUACAAAAUUUGGAAAAUACUGACCAUAAAGAAAGAAAGAAAAGGUGAAAUGUGCACUAAAUUUGCUUCAAAAUAAAGUCCGUGAAUGACAAAUGAGGAUCUUGAGUGGAAACCCCUUUUAUUACUAGGUCCAAAUAAGUUUUUUGGACAGUUUUGGUGGGUCUCACAUGAAUUCACACUUGAGUGUAAUCUCAUGAUACUGUGAAAAGAAAUUACAUGGCAUCAUCUGAAGUGAGGUUGCAGGUCAGAGCUGGGCUGAAAUUUGGUAUUUUUUUGUGAUGUAUUGAGUUAAUUCACACAGUAACAAGGCAUAGUGGGUGUCUCACCCCUCCCAGCAUCUAAUUUGGAAAAAAAAAAAAAAAAUUGGGACAAAAAAAGGAAAUAAAUGAUGUCAAUUUGUAGCACUGGGUUCUCAAUUCAGGGUAAUGGGUGGGUGAUUUUAGGCUUUUAGAAAUAAGGGGGGGUAAUACAGGAGAGAUGGAUGAUGAACAUGAGUUGAAUAUACCAGGGCUUGGUUAAACUGGGUGAGGAUAUAAUCCAAAAAUAAAUGCCGGUGUCUUGACGCAAAAAUUAGAGAUUUAAUUUUAUCAAAGUCAUUAAUGUAUGAAUUAGCUUUUAAAAGCUCCAGUUAAAAUCAGGAGUGUGUAGCAGCAGUGGAAGUGGUUGAGGUUUGCUGGGGUGGUACCAACCUGCCUCUCCAGCCCUUCCUGUUCAUCCACAUUUGGGGGUUGGUUUAAAUAGAGGCAUGGUCUGGGUGGCAUUUCCAGAGUCUCUGUAGUCCUGUGUUUUACCAAUUCCCAUAGUUUGGUGUCUUAGGCAGGGAUUUUAGAUAAAUUCAGAAGUUCAACAACAACAAAGAAGUCAUUACCCAGUCUAAGAACUUUAAGGUUCAACUUCUUCUUUCAGUAAAAAAAAUAUUGUUUGAAUUUCCUUCUGUUAUUUCUAAAAUUUUGGGGUGAAAUCUGUGCCACAUAAAGGUAGUGAUGCUGAACAAUUCACAUAUAAAUUAACAGGUUUUACUAGCAAAAUCCAUAAUGGGAUUCACUCAUUUUUGUCAGGUAUUUCCAGUUUUUAAUUAAUGCUUUGCAUGUCUGAGCAGAGCACAUCCUUCAUAUUUCUGAGGUUUGGUAUUUUUUUACAGUUUCAGCAUUGAAUUGUUUGUUUCUUAGGGAGAGCUUUAACUUCUAAACUUUUUUUUGUUGCAACCCUGGACUUGCUCUUUUCAAAAAGACUUGAAAUUGCCUGUGAAUCUUUUAUCUUCAAACAGCAAAUUAAUUUUCAUCAUGAGAUUUUAGGGUUUUAGGUCUCUGAAAAGCAUCUGUACACAAACUCUGUGCAUAACGGGGAUUUUAUGUGAGUGUCAUCUUGUAUGGAUGGUGUCUAUAGCUUUUAAAGAAAGAAUUUUAGACUAAUUCCAAUUAAAUAACACUGACAUAAUAAUAAUGAUGGCAUUUACAAAGGGAUAUGCUAAAUGAUACAUAAGGGAGAUGCUAAAUAUAACUACUGAGUAGUAGUGUUUGUUUGAAACUACAGUUCUAAAUUAGAGCAACAAGAACAUGAGUUUUCACUUGUGUGCUCUGAAAUGUAAAUUGGUCAAAUGAGGAACUCUGUUAAUUUGAAAUUGUUGUGUUUUAAUGUUGUUUUUUUUCUUUCUUUUUUUCUUUUUCUCCUUCCCCUCUCCAGCUAAAUGGCCUUAAAAUGGCAGAUGAGCCCAUGGAGGAAGGUGAACCAUAUUCCUACCACGAUGAAGGAAGUGUGAAAGAAAUUCCUAUUACACACCACGUGAAAGAAGGAUGUGAGAAAGCAGAUCCAGCACAGUUUGAACUACUUAAAGUUCUUGGACAGGGAUCAUUUGGAAAGGUCUUCCUUGUGAGGAAGAUUAUUGGUCCUGAUGCUGGGCAGCUUUAUGCAAUGAAAGUAUUGAAAAAAGCUUCUUUAAAAGUUCGGGAUCGAGUUCGUACGAAAAUGGAGAGGGACAUUUUAGUAGAAGUAAAUCAUCCCUUUAUCGUCAAACUGCACUAUGCCUUUCAGACUGAAGGGAAGCUCUAUUUAAUAUUGGAUUUUCUCAGGGGAGGAGAUGUAUUCACACGAUUAUCCAAAGAGGUUAUGUUUACAGAGGAAGAUGUGAAAUUCUACCUCGCAGAACUGGCCCUUGCUUUGGAUCACCUUCACAGCUUGGGAAUUGUGUACAGGGACCUGAAGCCAGAAAACAUUUUGCUUGAUGAAGCAGGACAUAUCAAGUUAACAGACUUUGGACUCAGCAAAGAAUCAGUAGAUCAAGAGAAGAAGGCCUAUUCUUUCUGUGGUACUGUAGAGUACAUGGCACCUGAAGUGGUAAACAGGAGAGGGCACAACCAGAGUGCUGACUGGUGGUCCUUUGGGGUCCUCAUGUUUGAGAUGCUCACUGGGACCCUGCCGUUCCAAGGGAAAGAUCGAAACGAAACCAUGAAUAUGAUACUGAAAGCAAAGCUUGGGAUGCCUCAGUUCCUCAGCCCUGAAGCACAGAGUCUUCUGAGGAUGUUGUUUAAAAGGAACCCAUCAAAUAGAUUAGGAGCUGGUUCAGAUGGAGUUGAGGAAAUCAAGAGACAUCCUUUUUUUUCUACUGUUGACUGGAAUAAACUGUUCAGAAGAGAAAUCCAGCCUCCAUUUAAACCUGCUUCUGGAAAGCCAGAAGACACCUUUUGUUUUGAUCCAGAAUUCACAGCAAAAACACCAAAAGAUUCUCCAGGAGUCCCACCGAGUGCAAAUGCCCAUCAGCUCUUCAAAGGAUUUAGUUUUGUUGCAACUACUACUGUAGAAGACCAUAAAAUAUCCCCUCUCACCAACAUCCUGCCCAUAGUACAGCUUCAUGGAAACAGUGCCCAGUUCACUGAUGUCUAUGAACUGAAGGAAGAUAUUGGUGUUGGUUCCUACUCUGUUUGCAAGAGGUGUAUACACAUAGCCACAAACAUGGAGUUUGCUGUGAAGAUAAUUGAUAAAAGCAAGAGGGAUCCCUCAGAAGAAAUCGAGAUUCUCAUGCGUUAUGGACAGCAUCCAAAUAUUAUCACUCUAAAGGAUGUGUAUGAUGACGGCAGGUUCAUCUACCUGGUGACUGAGCUGAUGAAGGGGGGGGAGCUGCUGGACCGGAUCCUGAGGCAGAAGUUCUUCUCGGAGCGCGAGGCCAGCGCUGUGCUGUUCACCAUCGCCAAGACUGUGGACUACCUGCACUGCCAGGGGGUGGUGCAUCGAGACCUCAAACCCAGUAAUAUUUUAUAUACAGAUGACUCCAAUAAUGCUGAUUCCAUCAGGAUUUGUGAUUUUGGAUUUGCAAAACAGCUUCGAGGAGAAAAUGGACUCCUCCUAACCCCGUGCUACACUGCAAACUUUGUGGCACCAGAGGUGCUCAUGAGACAGGGAUAUGAUGCUGCUUGUGACAUAUGGAGCUUGGGUGUUCUUCUUUACACCAUGUUGGCAGGCUACACUCCCUUUGCCAAUGGUCCCAAUGAUACUCCUGAGGAGAUCCUGGUACGGAUAGGCAGUGGAAAAUUCUCCCUAAGUGGAGGCAACUGGGACACUGUUUCAGAUGCAGCAAAGGACUUGCUCUCCCACAUGCUGCACGUGGAUCCCCACCAGAGGUACACGGCAGAGCAGGUGCUGAAGCAUUCCUGGAUUGCCUGCAGGGACCAGCUGCCACAUUAUCAGCUCAACAGGCAAGAUGCCCCUCAUCUAGUAAAGGGAGCCAUGGCUGCUACAUAUUCUGCACUGAAUCACAAGACAUUUCAGCCAGUGUUAGAGCCUGUUGCAGCCUCCAGUUUAGCUCAGCGACGGAGCAUGAAAAAGCUCACAUCCACAGACUUAUAGAUCCACUGGGACACCUGAGCACACAGAAGCAAGGGGGAAACUCAACAAGUGGCUCUGUUUUGCCUGACCUGUGAUCAAAAGGCAUCUAUGGUUUCCUGCUACACUACUUGAAUUCUGUAAAAGUCCUUUUUUUAAAAA